AUGUGCGCGGAAGCAUCGACUCUCAAACCGAUCAAGUCUAAACCGGAUCCUGCUUUUGUUAGUACUCUAGCACAUACAGAAGUAGGCUGUUGGUCUAUAAUUGUAUUCAUUGGUAAGGUUACUCGUGGAUUUUCAAACUGGAAAGAUGCAACCACAGGAUUCAAAAACCACGUAAAGAGUGCGUGUCAUCGUGAAGCAGUUGAAGUUCUUGUCACUCUUCCUGCCAUCACCAGGGACGUUGGAGAACAUCUUUCUCGUGAGCAUGCUGUCCAGAAAGUCAACAAUCAACAAGUGCUUCUUCAAAUACUGUCGUCUGUGAUAUUCUUGAGUAGGCAGGAUCUUGCUUCUAGAGGAGAUGGAGAUGAAUCAGAUGGUAAUCUACAACAGCUGCUUUGUCUACAGAGUGAGAAAGACCCUAACCUAUCACACUGGCUGAAACGAAAGGAGAAUGUCUACACAAGUCCACAAAUUCAAAAUGAAAUGAUCAAAACAUUGGGCCUCCAAGUGCUACGAAAUAUUGCCACAGACAUACAUAAUUCCCCAUUUGUAACGGUGAUGGCUGAUGAAACUACUGAUGUCUCCAACAGAGAGCAAUUUACAGUCAUCAUUCGUAGGGUUUCAGAAGACUUGCAGGUGGAUGAAGAGUUUAUUGCACUUUACCAAACCUCAACUACUGAUGCUGCAACCCUUGCAGCUCUGAUCAAGGACGUCUUCAUAAAACUGAAUGUGAGUAUGAAAAAGCUUCGUGGACAGUGUUUUGAUGGUGCCAGUGCUAUGAGUGGCUGUAGAACUGGUGUUGCUAAACGCAUUAGUGAUAUUGAGCCAAGAGCAGUCUUCACCCACUGUUAUGGUCAUGCUCUAAAUCUCGCUGCAAAUGACACCCUAAAGCAAUCAAAGUUGAUGAAAGAUGUACUAGACACAAGUCGGGAGAUCACAAAACUGAUCAAAUAUUCCCCACGUAGGGAGGGGAUAUUUAUGAAGUUGAAGGAUAGCUUGCCAGCUAGUAGUACAGGUAUCAGAGUACUCUGCCCUACUAGAUGGACAGUGAGAGCUGAUACGCUCUCAAGCAUUAUCAGUAACUAUGAGGGAUUGUAGAAUACAUGGGAGGAGGCCCUUGAAAUAACAAAGGACACAGAGGCCAAGGCCAGAAUCCAAGGAGUUUCAGCCCAAACGGAUAUGUUUCAGUAUUUGUAUGGUAUCAUGCUAAGUGAAAUGAUAUUAAGACACGCGGACAAUCUGAGUAGAACUUUACAACAUAAGUCUUUGUCUGCAGAAGAAGGUCAACAAGGUGCUCAGAUGACUGUUGAUACAAUCACAUCACUUCGAAAUGAUGAUGCCUUUGACCUGAUGUGGGAGGAAGUGAGUAGGAAAGCCAGAUCUUUGAAUGUCAGUGACCCAC